AUGGCUUUCGUUAGUACUUACUGCUGCGAUGAUCUACAGCACGUCGUUUACCAACCUCGGCUUCAACCAGUACCCCCUUACCCCACUCCCCGUUUCGUUCAAGUUGAGCUAACCAUCAGCCUUCGAGUUGACCGCAGUCGCCAUUAUUGCUUAAACGACCAGAUCAUUGAUCUCGAGGACGAGGGCCCUUUCUCCUCGGGAGAAACUCUUCGUUUCAAUCUCGAUGUUUUGAGAGACCAUCAUCGGGCUUACCAAGUUCUUGGUCCCGUGUUAAGAGGACUCUUGGUCACCGGCAACGUCUUUCUUACUUUGGAUCCUAUCAUUGAUGAUAUCAUCCGACAUGGGCUUAAAAUCGAAAACUGGGCAUCAAACAGGGGACGUGAAGUAUUGAUUUUACGUGCAGAGUUAUGGGGAACAGUUGUGGAACACAUAGAAUACCAGGAAGGGGUGGUUUUGUUGGAAAGAGCUUCGGGAGAAUCGGCGUCGGAGUCUGGAAUGGUUCCCGCCAAGGAGUCAUCGGUCAAGAGGAUGCUGACGAGGGUUCGAGUUGAAGCUGGAGAGUGUGAUCAAAAGGCUGGACAAAAUAUCGAGAAAAGGCUUGUGAAUGUUGAAGAUUGCGUGAUAUGUUUGGAAGAAUUUAAAGUUGGAUCAGUGGCUUUGCAGAUGCCUUGUUUUCACGGUGAUUGCAUUGAAAGGUGCUUGAGGCAAAGCCACUAUUGCCCUGUCUGCCGGAUUGAGAUGCCGACAGAGUGA